AGUCAUAUCAACGGCCAAAUAAUACUCCCUGACUGUAAGCCCGCGGUAGAAUUCGGCGGAUGAUCAAAGAGCUGAUGAGGCUCAGCGCAUCAACGGGAUGUGUCAUGCGGCGCAAAACUUCGAAUCUCUCUUCAUCAGACAUCUUCACGGGCAGUUUAGCCCUAUCAGCAACGCUCGGAGGCCCAGUUCAAAUGAUCCUUUCGGCUAAAUUGCAUUCGAGCUCCCCGCUUCCGACUUGCACAUGUCAAAGCGUGAAUUCGCAGCGUGGAAAUGGUUCUGGGGAUGUCUAAAGAUCGAUGGCCGGGUUCUUUAGUGGCUGGGAUAUAAGGGAUGCUGGCUUUUGGAUUCCUCGCCCUCGCGCUGAGCUUCGCGUCUGCAACGGCGGUCUUUGACACGCUCGUCCUUCAUGAACGGCGGGCGGUUGUUCCGCAGGGCUUCGUCGUGUCGGGAUCGGCGCCUGCUGAGAAGAUACUUCAGCUGAAGCUUAACCUGGCCCAAAACAAUCUCGAAGGGCUGGAGGCCGAACUGCUCGCUGCUGCGACACCGGGCAGUGCGACCUACGGACAAUGGCUUUCCAAGGACGAGGUCGACUCAUUCUCCACUCCCACUGCAGAGACCACUGCCGCCGUGUCCGAGUGGCUUUCCUCGCAUGGCCUCUCAUCAACACGCGUCUCCCCCUCCGGUGACUGGAUCUCCGUCAGCGUCCCCGUGUCCAAGGCGAACGAGCUGCUCGGCGCCAAAUAUCAGGUUUUCACGCACACCGCCAGCGGCAUCGAGUCGAUCCGCACGCUCGAGUACUCCAUCCCCGCGGCGCUGAAGGACCACAUUCGUGUCAUCACUCCCACGACGAGCUUCAGCGGCCCCCGCCCGCUUCCGCCCGUGAUGUCUGUGAGAAGCAAGUCGCGUGCGGCACCGGUGUCGGAGUCUCUCCAUGUUUCCUGCAACGACACGAUGACUCCCAGGUGUUUACAGUCCAUGUACCGCAUCCCAAAGACCCCUGCAAAAAGCAAGGCCGGUUCGAUUGGUGUUUCCGGCAUGUACGACUCGUAUGCGAAUAGGGAGGAUCUGGUGGACUUCCUCCAGGUGCAGCGCCCGGAUAUGAACUCCUCGACCACAUUCGGCUUCCUCUCGCUCGACAACGGGACGGACUCGCAGACUCCAUUCGAUGCCAGCGUCGAAGCUAACCUUGAUAUCCAGUACACCGUAGGCCCGGCAACCAACGUCCCAGUCACGUUCGUUUCUUUGGGAACCAAUAAUACUGAUGGCGCGGACGGCGGCUACCUCGAUCUCAUUACAGGGCUCAUUGCCCAGAGCGCUCCACCCCAGGUCCUCACAACCAGCUAUGGCUUGUUUGAUGAGACCUCUCUGUCUGAACCCCUCACCGUUGCCAUGUGCAACUCGUACAUGCAGCUGAGUGCUCGUGGAGUGUCUAUCCUGUUUGCUUCGGGGGACGGCGGUGUAGCUUCGACCCCUGGUGUGCAGUGCAAUGGAACAGCAUUCGCCCCCACAUUCCCUUCAUGCCCUUACUUGACUUUGGUGGGUGCCACCUCUGGCACUCCUGAAACGGGUGCGGGCCUCUCCGCGGGUGGUUUCUCCAACUACUUUCCCACUCAGCCUUGGCAACAAGCCGCCGUCACCUCGUACAUCAAGUCGAUCGGCACGCAAUACUCGGGCAAAUACAAUGCUUCUGGCCGUGGGUACCCGGAUGUCUCCGCCAGUGGUGUGAAUGUCACAGUGACUCAAAUCGGGGUGCCGGGUCCUGUCGACGGCACAUCCUGUUCCUCGCCUAUCUUUGCAUCCGUGAUCGGCCUGCUCAACGACCGGCUGCUGAACGCUGGGAAGCCUGUGCUCGGGUUCCUCAACCCGUGGUUGUACUCCAACCCACAAAUGUUCAAUGACAUCACCACUGGCAAUAACCCUGGUUGUGGGACGGACGGCUUCUCGGCCAAGGCGGGCUGGGACCCCGUCACUGGCAUGGGUACUCCCAACUUCCCUGCUAUGCUGAAGGCUGCUGGUCUUUGA